UGUUUUCUAGCAGUGCGAUGUUAUAGUGUUCUAAGUGCCACUGGAUUAAUUUUAUGAUUCAAUUAGCUUGGAUAAAGAUAAAAAUCAAAAAUGAGUUUUCGAGAAGAAUUUAGUUUUAGGAAAUUUGGCUUUCAGGAUAUUGCCAUUGAAAGGUUUUGCAUUUUUCAGUGGCGUGCCCCAGGCGCAAUCUAUGUGUUUUAUCGGCUGGUUCUUGCUGUAUACACUAACGUGUGGCUGACUUUAAAAGCCAUCAACCCCAAUGUCGACACAUAUUUUCCAUUACCAUGGGGCGCGUACCUGACCAACUGGACAUACAUCUUGUUGACAAUAUACUUCACCGUCCACGCCAUUGUGACAAUAGUUGUAUACGCAAUUUGUCGUGGCUCAGGACUCCCAUUUUUGCAUAGAAGAUGCUCAGUAGAUCACUGGCGUUUGUUUCAUGAAGUGAAUCAGUCAGCUGGGUAUGAAAUCAUCAGUGGACAGGAGGAACAAAGAGAAAGUGUUUAUACAAUUAGGAACUCAAUACCCUGGUAUAUGGGUCUUGUGUGGCUACUGUUCAGCGCUGCAAGUGUGGCCACAAUCAAUGACACAUUUGUUUUUUGGGCUAUCUUAGUGCCUGGCUCAAAGUUCGGAACACUCAACACAGACAAUGAACAAAUGCACCUGGUGAACUGUGUCUUGGUAGCGCUGGAGCACGCUGUUACUGCCAUACCCAUUCGUCUACUGCAUGUCAUCUAUCCCAUUAUGUAUGGAUUUGUUUAUGUCUUUUUCUCAAUCUUUUACUGGGUGGACAAUCACGACCAUGUUAUGUAUCCUAUUCUUGAGUGGGGGAACCUUGGUCCAACCAUUGGUUAUGUGUUUCUCAUUGGUUUUGUUAUAAUACCAGUGGUACACAUUUGUUUUUAUAUACUUUAUAGACUAAAGAUAGCAUUGUUUCGUUGUUGUUGUCAAGAAUCAGCAUAAACUUUUAAGCUAAUUGUGGUAGAAUAUGUGUAUUAUUUAAUACACUUGAAAUAAUAUUUUAAAACGCAAGUAAAAAUUAUAAAAGCUAUGCAUUGAAAUAAAAACAACAUCAAUAUUU